GCCCUAAGAACUCAAAAAUAGCCUUAUCGUCUAAGCGAACAGUAGUGGAUUUUUUUUAUACACAUCAAAAAUGAAAGUUCUUUGUUUUAUUGUGGCCGUUUUAGGGUUAACUAGUGCCUUCCCAAAAUCAAGAUACUAUCCAAGAUCCUAUAUGGUUGGUGGUAGUUUCUAUGCUAACCCAAGGUAUGCCAGAGAAGGUACUGGCUACGAAUACCUUCCCCCAGGUCAAAUGACAGCUAUGGUAAUGGGAGAUACUGUAGCCACUAACUCAUUUUCUGGUUCACCCUAUAGUCCUCCUCCAGCGCAUGUUCCUGACAUUAUCCAAGAAGAUCAAACUUCUGACCAAAUCACUGAAAAGCAACAACCUUUUGUGGUAUCCGAACCCGAGUCAGUUAACGAAACCGAACCUGAAGAAGUAAAAGCGGAUAAACAAGAAACGUUGUUUUCUAUCGAAGAUGCUACUACUGAAGUGGUUACUGUGCCUACAACCAAGGCACCAGCUAAAGCAAUCAAAAAAACUAAAAUUGGAAAAGCUCAAAAGCCUGUAGUAGUGGUUCAACCAGAAGAAGAAGAGGAAGCAGAAGAAGAUGAUGUUGCUCCUUCUUGGCCAUUUGGCGGUGCUGCUGGAAGAGCUGGUGUUCCAGCGUACAAUGCCUUUUUCCCAAUUUUCAUUGGCGGUGGUACCUCAGGACGUUCUCGUACCCGCUCCACUCAAGAAGAAGGUCUCCCAGGAUCAGCCACAGCUAUUGCCAAUUCGUUUUCAACAGGAAAAGGUGGUGUAGCCACAUCUCACGCCACCUCUUUCGGUGAUCCCUACGCUGCUGCUAUGUUCAGAGACGCUGGACUUUUCAAUUUUAGGAAAACGAAUAAGAAGCAAAUUGUUCAAUUCGACGAUGAUGAAGAAUAGGUUUAUUUAUUUGUCAUUUAUUAGGUUUACGCUAGUCAAUUUUUGAAUUGAAUCAAAAAGUGCUUUUUAAAGUUGUUUCGAUACUAGGUAUUGUACAAAAUUAUUGUGAAAGUCGAUACAGUUAAUAUACAAGUGAUAAAAUUAAACUUUGUUUUUUUUUUUAAUUUUUUUAGUUGAAAUAAAAUUUGAAAGGGGUUUAUAGACUUAUUGAUUUUUCAAUUGAACUUAUCUUUUUUUUUUUUUUUAUACGCCUACCAAUAAUAAGCAUGUAACAAGUUGAACGGUAGGUAUUUGUUUUUGGAGUGUGCUCGACCAAAAGAAUCUUUCAAAAAGAGACCUGGAGGCUCGGUCUCUUUUUAAAAGAUUGUUUUGGUCUCGUAGAAAAGAGCUGUAAACUUUUUAUAAGACGUUAUCAACUCUUCCCUCAAUUUUUAUUCCGAAAUCUCUGUUUGUUUAAUACCUAGGUACCUACACAAAAAAUGUAAAAAAUAGGAAUUGAUACCCAAUAAUUAUAUUGCCUAACAAACAUGUAACGUAAACCUGCUUAUAAAUAUUUCUUCCUAAUGAAAAAUUCUAUUAUUUUGGAUACCUGAUCGCUAGUUCUUAGAAGUGGUCGCGAGAGCUUCUUAUGGUUUCCUUUUUUGUCCUGCUCUCGUUGUUUGACUUCAACUGACUUCUUAUACUUCUUCUUCUCCUGAUGCUUAUCCAUUAAUGGAUGUUUUCGAUGACAUUUUCCAUUGCUUCUCUGUUUCUUGAGGUAUGUAUGUAUCAACGACUGUAUAUCGUGCAGACCUUU